CAUAUAGAUAAGUUAAUAGAAGGAAUAGAUAUUAUAGAUCUUACUUCAAUAGACGAUAUCAUUAUGGUUAUACUAGAACUAUCAUACUUUGUCUCAGAUAUUGUAGAAGAACAAAUGAGUAUUGGAACUACAGAGACACUAGAAGAAACUGUUUCUAAAACCGAAUUAAUUAUCGAUAUAAUAACUAGUCUAACUAAAACAAAACAAAAAACUAAUGAAGAAUUAAAACUCAGUUAGGAAAACUAAAAGAUGUCUUUACAAAACAUAAAAUUGUAUUGGUUGUAGUCAUGCCACUAUUUCCUUCCAUGAAGAAUAAACAAAAACCGAAGAAAGCAAAGUUACGUGAAAAAUCAUGCAUAUAUCAAUUGCUUGACAUCAGAUUCUUUGGUCAACAUCUUUAUAACAUCAUGUCAAUUUGGUAUCAGAGCCAAUAGGGGCGUGCAAUGGUCUGGUCCAUACCGGACCAUACCGGACCAAACCGUUGUUAAGACCGGACCGGACCAGACCGAGUAAAAUGCGGUCCGGUCCUUGGUCCUCAUGAAUUUUAUAAUUACUGAAGAAAUGAUGGACCGAGCUCAUAUUUGGACCGGACCGAACCGGACCAAAUGCAAGAAUGGUCCGGUCCUUGAUCCUAACAUGUCUUUCACUAAUGGACCGCGGUUCUCAUGAGUUUGGUCCGGUCCGGACCGAACCGAACCGUUGCACACCCCUAAGAGCCAACAAACUCAACCAAUUUAACCAACCCAAGAAUAAAAAUAAAGAAUAAAAACUAAAAUGAUAAAUGACAAAAAUGUACCACCCGGUUCAACCCAAUGGACUUUGACACCCCUAUUCUCGGAUCACUCUCAUCAUCCAAAAAGCCCAAAUAACUCUGGGCCGUAGUGGGCCUCACGCAAAUCCCACUGUGAAAUCGGCCGCAUCGAAUCCUCCCUCCAGCUUACUUUUUUCUUGCUAAAAAUCUGAUCUGAUGCUCGGCUGUCGAAUCUAUCAAUUUUCAGUCCAAGAAGGUAAGAAACAGAGUCGACUCGGACAGUCGUCGUCGUCUCUUUGCUCAAGCUCACUCUGUCUUCACACUGAGCUCUACUGACUCGCCGGAGAAAAUGGGGUUCACUUUCACGAUGAGCUUGAACUUGCUCCUCCUACUAGCCAUGGUGGCCACGAACCUCCUCUCCUUGUACCACCUCUCCUCAAAUCUCCAGUCCCCACUCACCGCAACCUCCCAGCCGGUCCCCGACCACCUCCUCCGGCAGCUCAACACCAUACGCGCCACCAUCAACCACCUCACCCGCCACCAGCCUUCCUCCUCCACCACCACCGACACCGACGACUCCAAGCCGACAAUCCCGCCGGAUCUGCUCCUCUACGCGAGCCUCUCCCCAAUCGCCUCCGCCUGCCACAACCACCCGGACCUCCUCCACAAGUACAUGACCUACACUCCUUACUCCGCCUGCCCGUCCGAUUCCGAUCUCGCCGAAUCCCUAAUCCUCCGCGGCUGCCACCCGCUCCCGCGCCGCCGCUGCUUCUCCAAAACUCCCUCGAAGCCGCCUUCCUCCCUGCCGCGCAACCCCUUCCCUUCCUCCCUCCUCGACUCCAACGUGCUCUGGGGGAAGUACAGCUGCAAGUCGUUCGCCUGCCUGGCGAAGGAGAAUCCGAACCUAGGGUUCGAUCUGGGGACCGAGAUCUCGAAAUUCAUGACCUACAAGACCGAGCUCGACCUCCCGAUCCCGCAGCUGAUCCAGAUCUCCAAGACAGCCAGCUCCCCGAUCCGGCUGGGGAUCGACGUCGGGGGAGGGACGGGGACCUUCGCGGCGAGGAUGAAGCAGUACAACGUGACGGUGGUGACGACGACGAUGAACUUCAACGUGCCGAACAGCGAGGUGGUGGCGAUGAGGGGGCUGGUGCCGCUCCACGCGCCGCUGCAGCAGCGGCUGCCGGUGUUCGACGGGGUGCUGGAUCUGGUGCGGUGCGGGCGGGCGGUGAACCGGUGGAUCCCGCUGGCGGCGAUGGAGUUCCUGCUGUAUGACGUGGACAGGGUGCUGAGGAGCGGCGGUUACCUCUGGAUCGAUCAUUUCUUCAGCAAAGGUGCGGAUCUGAGUAAGGUCUAUGGGCCGUUGAUCGGAAAGUUGGGUUACAAGAAGGUGAAGUGGGCCGUCGCCAACAAGACCGAUUCCAGUGGGUUGAAGAAUGGCGAAGUUUACUUGACCGCACUUCUCCAAAAGCCGCUGUUCAGAUCGGUGCUAUAGUCAAAAUUCAAAACUCUCUUCUUUUCAGGUAUUUGCAUUGGCUCUUAGUGCCUCCUGAAGAUUUGUUUGAUGGGCUUUUUCUGGUUAAAGUUGUUACAUUAUAGGGAAGAGCCUAGAGGUUCCUUUUGCAGCCAUUAGCGUGAAUUGUAUUUAGGGUAAGAAUGAGUGAUGAUGAUGAACUUUUCGAACCUGGUUCCUAGGUUGGCAUGGAUUACACCUUCAUAAAGUUGAAUGCCAUCCAUGAUUUUAGGCUGCUCCUUUUGGUAAUGGCCUUUCCCGCGUCUGCUUUUAGGUACCAUUGAUUUGCCAGCACCUUCCAAAAUGAAGGGAGGACGAAGAGAACACUUGGAAUGAAGGAUCGAGCAGAGAUUACCAGAUCUGCAACUGUAAAAAAUGAGAGAAAUUGUAUAAUAGUUUCUGCUGGAUCUUCGACGAUUGUAGAAUGGCAUCUGCUGGAUUUCGGAAUUCAUGUAUUCUGUUAAUUCAUCGUGCGUAGUAGCGGUUAAAUAAAAGUAUGAUCAACCACACCAUUUCUCCCUUUGUGAUGAUGGCCGAAUCUCCAACUUGAUCACAUUUUUGCCCCAAGGGUGCAUAAUAUGGGAAUGAAGGCGAAAAAAGGGCAGAACAUAGUCCUACUCAUUUCUUACGUACUCGGACAGCACAAAUAUCCGAGCUAUAAUGAAAUAGUAGCGAAUCG